AUGAAUUCAAGAGCCUUUUCUUCCUGUGUUGCUGCAACCUCUCCAAAGAGAUACUUGUUUGUGGGGAUGAAUGGUUGUGUGGUACCUCCUCUUUCCAAGGCUACCAGUUCUGCAACAACCACACCAACAACGAGUGCCAAUAGUAGUAGUGGUUCAUCAGCAACAUCCUCUUCUUCCAGAACAACAACAAGUUCCGAGAGACUAAAGGCUCCUCAUUCAAAGAGCAAUAGUCGUAGUGAUGCUACAGGUACUAGUAGUAGACCUCAGACUGCUUCUUCAAAUAAUUCUUCUACAUGUCAUGAGAAGAAUAUUUCAACAACAUUGUAUGAUGUUCUCGGAGUAUCUGUUCAUUCUAGUGAUAAGGAAAUUAAAUCGGCCUAUCGAACACUAUCUCGGAAGUAUCAUCCUGAUUUAAAUCCAAAUGGUGAAUCUACAUUCAGAAUCAUUCACGAAGCCUAUAGUGUGCUCAUGGAUCCUGUAAAGAGGAAGCAAUACGAUUCGAACUUUACACUAAAAUCAAAUCGCAAUGUUGUGUGUAAAGAAUUUGAUACAAAUAUGGAUAUUAUGCACACAGUCAAGUGUACUCCAGAAGAUUUAAUUGCUGGAAAAAGAAAAAAGUUCAUGAUCAAUAGAAGAGUUGUUUGUGACGAAUGUUGCAACCAUCAUGAUACAAUUGACUGUGGCAAGUGCCAAGGAGCAAGACAUGUCAUUUGUGGAGAAAUAAUUAAGGUGAAGAUUGAACCUGGAAUGAAAAGUGGACAAACUAUCUUGAUAACUGGAAAGGGAGAUGAGAAUUUAAGGAAUGAGAAUAACGGACGUAUUGUCCAUUAUUUCGGAAAUUUAGUUUUUACCGUCGUCACAUAA